AUGGGCUGUUAUCUCAUGGAGUGUACCUAGUUAUAUUCCAUCAGACUAUCCCAUUAUCACAUAUGAGAUAGGAUAUCAUAUCUUAGAGUCUGGUAACUGUUCAAUGGUAGAUGAUGAUGACAUUGAUAUUCAAAGACUACAGUUCUCUAAUUCAACCAAUGGCAAUACAUUUAUUAACAUUACUGGUCUUAAUGAUAUGUCUUGUUAUAUUUUUGGUGUACGUGCAUACACUGAUAAUGGAUAUGGAGAAUGGACAGUUAUUGCUAAUGAGACACUAGAGCUACCAACAGAUACAGUAUCUGAUAAUGGCAGUAAUCAAGAAGUUGCUAUUGGUGUUAGUGUAGCUCUUGUACUUAUACUUUUAACUGGAAUCAUAGUAGUAUCUCUUGUUUUGUUCAUUGUAUACAUGAGAAAAUCAAGAAGCAGUGUUAAAAUGAAGCCUAGAUCUACUGCACAUAAAACUGACUAG